AUGAUUACAAUUGGGUUGGGUGGGUCUCUUGGAAACAAAGAAGGGUUCUUCGCGUUACAUGAAUCUCAGUCUUCUUCUACUUCUACUCAACACCGUCUCUGCUUUGUUAAUCUCCGUCUACGUCAUCUUACCACGCUUCCCGGAGUUUCUUCAAACGGUGUUCGAAUCAUGUCUGGGAUCUUCAGAUUUAGUGGUGAUGAAGAUUUUUUCGCUGGAGGAUCUAUGCAUCUAUCGCCAGGGAGCUGUCCCGGCGUAUAUUUACCAGCACGGAAGAGACUACGCAUUGCUACGCCGUCGUUUUACAGCGGAUUCGAGCAAAAGGAAACUUCAAUCGACAUAUUGCCUGAUGAGUGCCUAUUCGAGAUCCUUAGACGCUUGCCUUCCGGCCAAGAGAGGAGCGCAUGCGCUUGCGUCUCCAAGCACUGGCUUAACCUUCUGAGCAGUAUCACUAGGAGUGAGUCUGUUCAAGAUGUGGAAGGUGAUGGAUUCUUGUCAAGAAGUUUGGAAGGCAAGAAAGCAACGGAUCUGAGGUUGGCAGCGAUCUCGGUUGGGACUUCAAGCCGUGGUGGGUUGGGGAAGCUUCAGAUCCGUGGGAGUGGUUUUGACAGCAAAGUGACAGACGCUGGACUUGGAUCAAUUGCUCAUGGUUGUCCUUCUCUUAGGGUUCUCUCUCUUUGGAAUUUGCCUGCAGUUAGUGAUGUGGGUGUGUCUGAGAUUGCAAGGUCAUGCCCGAUGAUCGAAAAGCUCGACCUUUCACGUUGCCCUGGGAUUACUGAUAAGGCUUUGGUUGCAAUCGCCGAGAACUGCUUGAAUCUGAGUGAUCUGACGAUCGACUCGUGCUCUGGCGUUGGAAACGAAGGUUUAAGGGCUAUUGCACGACGUUGUGCUAAUCUGAGAUCUAUCUCUAUUAGGAGCUGCCCACGGAUUGGAGACCAAGGAGUUGCCUUCCUCUUGGCGCAAGCUGGUUCUUACUUGACGAAAGUGAAACUCCAGAUGCUGAACAUAACCGGUCUUCCUCUCGCCGUUCUUGGCCACUACGGAGCAGGAGUUACUGAUCUUGUGCUUCAUGGCCUUCAAGGCGUGAACGAGAAAGGUUUCUGGGUCAUGGGAAAUGCUAAAGGGAUGAAGAAACUGAAGUCCCUCUCAGUAACGUCUUGCCGAGGGAUGACUGAUGUUGGGCUUGAAGCUGUUGCAAACGGUUGCCCUGAUCUCAAGCACGUCUCUCUAAGCAAAUGCUUGCUUGUCUCUGGCAAAGGACUCGUCGCUUUGGCUAAAUCUGCAUUGUCGCUGGAAAGUUUGAAACUUGAGGAAUGCCACAGGAUCAACCAAUUUGGGUUCUUGGGUUUUCUCAUGAACUCUGGCUCAAAGCUAAAGUCUUUCUCUUUGGCAAACUGUUUGGGCAUCCAUGACUUCAACACUGAGUCUCCUCUGCCAUCAACCAGUCGCAGCGCCUUACGUUCUUUGUCAAUCCGCGGCUGCCCUGGCUUCGGGGAUGCAAGUCUCGCCUUCUUGGGGAAGUUCUGUCUCCUGCUUCAGGAUGUUGAACUCUGUGGACUGAACGGAGUAACAGAUGCAGGUGUGCUCGAGUUGCUUCAGAGCAACAAUGUUGGUCUAGUGAAGGUGAAUCUUAGCGGAUGCAUCAAUGUUUCAGACAACACAGUCUCUGCAAUUUCCGUUUGCCACGGACGCACGUUGGAGUCUCUUAACCUUGACGGCUGCAAGAACAUCACCGACGCAAGCCUCGUCUCAGUAGCCAAGAACUGCUACUCAGUCAAUGACCUUGACAUGUCAAAUACUUUGGUCUCAGAUCACGGGAUCAAGGCUUUGACAACGUCUCCAAACCAUUUGAAUCUUCAGGUGCUUUCUGUUGGCGGCUGCUCAGCGAUUACAGACAAAAGCAAGACAUGCAUACAAAAACUCGGCCACACGCUUUUGGGAUUGAACAUCCAACGGUGUGGUAGAAUCAGCAGCAGCACUGUGGAUAACCUUCUUGAACAUCUAUGGAGGUGCGAUAUACUUUACUAA